GUUAUCAUUCUCAGUUGAAAAGUGGUUCAGCAAACGUAUCACUCUGACAAAUCAACAAUCAACGUCGACGAAACAAACGAAAAAAAAACACACGAAAAACAAAUAGAAUUUGUUUAAACCAAUAGUGAAUUUAAAAUAGCAAACAGUUAAUUUGUGCUUCAGUGCAGUUUUGUUCAAUUUUUAAAAAAAUAGUUUUUUAUCACAUUUUUGUAGAAAAAAAUGGCAUUUAAGUUCAUUAUCCUUGCAUCAGCUGCUUUGUGUUGUACUGCAUUUGCUUAUCCAGUAUUUGAGGACUACCAGUAUGCAGGACACGAUCUCAGCAGCACACAUGAAGGCGAUAACUUUGAUAAUGGUAGUUAUCAGCCAGUCGCAUCGCCUAGAAUAGGCGUACAUGAAUUGGGAGGACACGAAGACGAACACGUCGAUUACUAUGCACCACCAAAGUACGCAUUCAAAUAUGGUGUCAACGACUACCAUACUGGUGAUGUAAAAUCGCAACAUGAGACAAGAGACGGUGAUGUUGUUAAAGGUCAAUACUCUUUGGUAGAACCAGACGGAUCAAUUCGUACCGUUGACUACACGGCCGACAAGAUAAAUGGCUUCAAUGCAGUUGUACACAAAACUGCUCCAGUUCACACUGGUCAUGAUCACUACUAAAUGGUCACCACACAUUUUGGGGCCGUUCAUUUAGUUGCAUUAACCGGAAUAAUUUGUCUUCAUUUAAAAGAAAAAAGCAUCCGUACCAUCUUUACGCUUUUUAAAUAAUAAUAAUAUAUUUGUUGCAAAGAUGAUUUUUUUUUAUUCGAAUGGAAAACCGAUACACAGAACGAUGGCAUUAUCUAUUUUAUAUAGUUUUUCUUUUAGAUUUUUUUGUGUUUAUAAUGGAAGGAAAAAAAAUAUUUUGGACUUAAGUUAUGUGGAUUAUUACUUAAAUUCAAUAUUUCGCCUUUUUAAACUUGUGAGAUCAUGUAUUUUAUCGAUCCCAUGUAUUUAAUAUUGAUAAUUUUUUUUAAAGAUGAUGUACCAAAUAAGUGAAAUAUGUGCGUUUGUAAGCUGAAUUGUAUAGGAAUUAUUUGUUCUCAAUAAAAAAAAAUUGAUAAAUUAA